AUGUCUCCACCCCAAACUCAACCACAACCUCCAAAUCACUGGCUUUCCAAAUACUCCUCCCCACACCCCUGGACCCUAUCCUCGCCCACAACCCCGAACAAGGACCAUGACAAGGAAAAUCCCACCACCAGCACCACAACACCACAAACCUUCUCCCGCCCCCUCGGCCUCGUCGAAACCUCCUUCGACAUAGACGGCACCCACUACGGCGGCAGAGCAGACAUGACGUGUCUCCUCACCCUCUCCAUCACACACCAGCUCUGGCCUGCUAAUAUCCGGUACCACAUUGCCCUGGCCUGGACGCAACUGCGCCUCGAGCACGUCUUGCUCUCUAGCCGGGUUUCCGACGAAGACAGAGACAAGACACGGCGCUUCCAUGUGCCCGUGCCACGGAGUCGCGAGGAGGCGGUGCGGCAGGCGGAGGAGGAGGGGAUGCAGUGGGUAGAAGAUGUAUGUGAUGCUGUGGAAGUGGAGGAUGGGGGGGAAGAAGUCUAUCGUCAUGCAUAUAAUGUAUGUCGGAUUAUUGAUCCGCGAGUUUGUCUGGCGAAAUUACUGGUUUUGCCACUUCAGCAGCACAACGACAGUGGCACUGAUACUGCCACCCAAGCCAACAAUGAUCCCACUUCGAAACAAUCACAAUCAACAACAAGAACAAAAAAAGCAACCCUUCAUCUCCUCCUCAUCCUCGCCCACCAAAUCUCCGACGGCCUAACCUGCUACACCUGGCUCACCCACUUCCUCCACAUCCUCAACACCCCAACCCCACAAAUCCUCUCCUCCCUCUCCUCCCUCAUCCACCCGGCCCAGAUCCAGCCCAAAUUGCCCCCUCCCCAAGAAGCUCUCUACCCAGCUAUCCCCGGCUCCCGCGCCCGCCAACGCUGGUUCUGGGCGCUGACUAGAGUGCUGCGACACGUGGCCAAGCCCCUCCCUCCAACCUUUCCAAAUCCCUUGUUUCGCGAAAGGAGACUGGAUACGGCGCCGGCGCUGCCCGAGAAGUUUGCGGGCUUGUUUAGCUAUCAGGGGCCGGGUUUACCGCCCAUGAGGUGUGGGACCGUCGCUGUAUCGCUCUCCUUGGGUUCCUCACAGCGGUUGAUGGCGCUCUGUCGCAAAGCCCAUGUUAGUAUUGGCGCUGGCUGUUUUGCACUCGCUGGCCUUGCCAUGAUGGAAAUACACGAAUCGCGGUAUCCGGAGAUUCCAGACGAGCUUCGCCCGGCCUUUGCUGCCUCGUUUCCCCUCAAUCCCCGCGCUUUCUUUGCAGAUCCCCCACAGCCGGAUAGUUGCAUGUUGGCGUUUAGCGAGGGAAUCGUGAUGCCUUUCCUGCCUUCACGAUUACCCGUCGAGGGCAGGUUUGGUGUGGUGGCUCGACAUGCGAAUAGGGGGUUGAGAGUGUACCAGAAGAGAUUGAAGGUGAGAAAGGGUGGGGCGGAGGAGAUGGAUGUUAGUCUUGAUAAGCAUUCGCCAGGACGACUGUUGGCGAUGGGGUAUGUGGCGCAGAUUGAGCGUGUGGAAGCAAAGUUACCACCGCAGAAGCGGACUGGGGAGAGGUUGAAUCCGCAGGGGGAUUUGCGACCAAAGGUGGGAGAGUAUGGGGCCACAUGUGGUGUUUCUUCGGUUGGGUCGUUGGCGGCGUUUUUCAGAAGGGGACAGUACGAUUUGGAGGAUCUGGGAGAAAGGGAUUUUGCGGCGGAUUUCAGGCAAGUGAAGAUGGGGGUCAGAGCGAGGGAGAAUGAGUUUCUGAUUGGGAGUUCGACGAGCGCAGAGGGGAUCAUUUCAUUUGGGGUGAGCUAUGAUGCGAAUGCGAUUAGCGAGGACGCGGCGAAUAUGUGGGCAGAGAAGAUGAGUGGACUACUAGAAAAAGGAGAUGGGUCGAGGCUGUAG